GCCAAACAGUUUAAAAGUGAAUUACCGCCUCCUACUGGACUGGAUCGUGGAGCAAAAGAUUAUGUCGAUAAAAACACCCCAACGGCGGCGUGUCCAGUCUGCGAUUCCCCCGUAAAUGAGCGUGCACGGGGUAUAUGCGGCCAGGGAGUGUAAUCCAUUUCAGUAGAAGAGAUCAGACUCAGACUCCAGGACUACUAAUACUCAAAGAUGGAGACUCCUGAUCUGGACACUGAUCAUGUGUCCCCACCCUUAAAAAAAUGUAAACUCCAGGAACAGAGAUCAGAAUCAGCAGCACGCAGCUGUAUCUCCAUGAAGAGUGAUCAGUCUAUGGAUCCUCCUAUGAAAUUUAAAGAUGCGGACUCCUCACUUCUACACGGUAAACUUCAGGAACAGAGAUCAGAAUCAGCAGCACCCAGCUGUAUGUCCAUCAAGAGUGAUCAGUCUAUGGAUCCUCCUAUGAAGUUUAACGAUGGAGACUCCUCACUUCUACAUGGUGUUAUACAGAAGGAAGGAGACAGCAUAGAAAAGAUCACAUAUACAGAACACGACCCAGACUCUGCUGCUGUAAAUGAAAUCCAGAAAAAGUUUAAAUUAAAUCUGGUGAAGAAAUGUCAGUUUUUGAAUGGAGUAAUAAAUCUUGGAAACCAAACCCUCCUGAAUGAGAUCUACACAGAGCUCUACAUCACAGAGGGAGACAGUGGAGACGUCAAUAAAGAACAUGAGGUGAGACAGAUCGAGGCAGCAUCCAGGAGAACAACAACAGAGGAAACACCAAUCAAAUGCAAUGACAUCUUUAAGCCCUUAUCUGAACAAGACAAACCCAUCAGAACUGUGCUGACAAAGGGAGUCGCUGGCAUCGGAAAAACUGUCUCUGUGCAGAAGUUUAUUCUGGACUGGGCUGAAGGGAAAACAAAUCAGGACGUCCACCUUAUAUUUCCACUUCCUUUCAGAGAGCUGAAUUUGAUGAAGGACCAGAAACUGAGUCUGAUGGAGCUCCUUCGUGUCUGUUUUAAGGAAACAAAAGAAACCGAAAUGUUCAGUUUGGAAAAGGUUCUUUUCAUUUUUGACGGAUUGGACGAGUGUCGUUUUCCUCUAGAUUUCCAGAACACAGUGAGAGUGUGUGAUGUAACUGAACCAGUAUCAGUGCCUGUGCUGCUGAUAAACCUGAUCAAAGGGAAUCUGCUUCCCUCCGCUCUCAUCUGGAUCACCUCCCGACCAGCAGCAGCUGAUCAAAUCCCCUCUGAGUGUGUCCAUCGAGUCACAGAGGUACGAGGGUUCAAUGACCCACAGAAGGAGGAGUACUUCAGGAAGAGGAUCAGUGAUCAGAGCCUGGCCAAUAACAUCAUCACACACCUGAAGUCAUUAAGGAGCCUCUACAUCAUGUGUCACAUCCCAGUCUUCUGCUGGAUUUCAGCCACUGUUCUAGAGAGAAUGUUGUGUGAAGCAGAGAGUGGAGAGAUCCCCAAGACUCUGACUCAAAUGUACACACACUUCCUUAUCAUUCAAAUAAACAUCAUAAGAGAAAAGUACUCAAAGAAGCAGGAGAGUGAUGAAGAAAUGCUUCUUAAACUGGGACAACUGGCUUUUAAGCAGCUGAAGAAAGGGAACCUGAUCUUCUAUGAGGAAGACCUGAGAGAGUGUGGCAUUGAUGUGAGAGAAGCAGCAGUGUAUUCAGGUGUGUGUACGCAGAUCUUCAGAGAGGAGGUUGGGCUUCACCAAAACACUGUGUACUGCUUUGUUCAUCUCAGCAUUCAGGAACAUCUUGCAGCUCUGUAUGUGCACCUGAUGUUCAUGAUGGAAAAGAAAAAUGUGUUUGAUAAGUUCUCUGUAGAUGUCCACAGGAGUGCUGUAGAUCAGUCUUUAAGAAGUCAAUCUGGACACCUGGAUCUUUUCCUUCGCUUUCUUCUGGGUCUCUCACUGUUGUCCAAUCAGAAACUUUUACAGACCUUAGUAAUACAGACAGAAAGCAGCUCCCAGAGCACAGAGGAAACAGUCCAGUACAUUAAGAAGAUGAUCAGUAAAGAUCUUCCUACAGAGAAAUCCAUUAAUCUGUUCCACUGUCUAAAUGAACUGGGUGAUGAUUCUCUAGUGGAGGAAAUUCAACGCUACCUGAAAUCUGGAAAACAAAGUGAACUCUCUUCUUCACAGUGGUCUGCUCUGGUGUUUGUGUUACUGACAUCAGCACAGGAGCUGGAAGAGUUUGACCUGAGUAAAUAUAUCAGUGAAGAUAAGAUAACAGAGGCUGUUCUUCUGAAGGUGAUACCUGUGAUUGCAGCAUCCAGAAAAUCAAUUAUUAGGUGUAAUUUGCUUAGAUGGGAAAGUUGGUCAGCUCUGGUCUCAACACUUAGCUCAGAAACCUCCAAUCUGAAAGAACUUCAUCUGACUGUGAAAGGACUGAAUCUGUCUCAGAAAGACCUAGGAGAUCCAGGUGUGAAGAGUCUCUCUGCCGUGCUGGAGAAUCCACACUGUAAUGUGGAAAAACUGUGGUUGUGUAACUGUGGUGUCUCAGGUGAAGGCUGUGCUGCUCUGACUUCAGCUCUGAGAUCAAACCCCUCACACCUGAGAGAACUGAAUCUGUCUGAGAACAAACUAGGAGACUCAGGAGUGAAGUGUCUCUCUGCAGUACUGGAGAAUCCUCACUGUAAACUAGAGACACUGAGGUUGUGUAAUUGUGGUGUUUCAGAUGAAGGCUGUGCUGCUUUGACUUCAUCUUUAAGAUCGAACCCCUCACACCUGAGAGAAAUGGAUUUGUCAAGGAAUAAACUGGGAAACUCAGGAAUGAAGUGUCUCUCUGCUGUCCUGGAAAAUCCUCAAUGUAAACUGGAGACACUGAGGCUGUGCGACUGUGGUGUCUCAGAUGGAGGCUGUGCUGCUCUGACUUCAGCUCUAAGAUCAAAUCCCUCACACCUGAGAGAACUGGAUCUGUCCUAUUUUAAACUAGGAGAUGCAGGAGUGAAGUGUCUCUCUGCUGUAUUAGAGAAUCGUCAUUGUAAACUGGAGAAACUCGGGUUGUGUGGUUGUGGUGUCUCAGAUGAUGUCUGUGCUGCUCUGACUUCAGCUCUGAGAUCAAACCCCUCAAAUUUGAGAGAACUGGAUCUGUCCUGUAAUGAUGUAGGAGACUCAGGGGUAAAGUGUCUCUCUGCUCUACUGGAGAAUGUAAACUGUAAACUGGAAGUACUACGGUUGCGUGAUUGUAGUGUCUCAGAUGAAGGCUGUGCCGCUCUGACUUCAGCUCUGAGAUCAAACCCCUCACACCUGAGAGACCUGAAUCUGUUUAACUGUAAAAUAGGACACUUAGGAAAGAAGCUGCUCUCUGACCUUCAGGAUGAUGAACAUUACAAACUACAGACACUGAUUCAGGCUAUGAUAAACAUCUGUGUGUGAUGAAGACUCCGCUGUGCAACAUGUUGGGGAAUAAAGAACAUUUUUAUAAGCACACCUGGAAAGUAGUUCUAACACAUUAAACAGACUCAGAGGCAUGAAAAGUGUGAAUCAGACUGCAUAAUGACUUCUGACCCCUGGAUAAAAUUUGUUGGACCUCUAUCCCACAAAAAAACCCAAAGAUUAUUUGGAAUAGCAGGUAAAAAACUUGACGAACUCAAGCAGAAUCCGGUCAGAGGAAGAAAGUGCUAAAAUGCACAAGAAUUUCAUAACCUUGGCGGAAAUCUCACCUGACAGGAACUUAUCUGUGUGUGCUAAACAAACGUUAAGUGUUUUAUUUAUUGUGUUUUAA